GCUUACACAGAACUGCCGCGUCUCACCGCCAAAAAUUUCCGGGGAACCUCCUCUGCCGCCUUCCCAAUUCCCUGCUCCACGUCCUCUCUCGAAGAUUUGGGGCCAAACCAUUGAAAACAAGAUGUCGAAUCAAUCAGUAAAAAAGCGGUCGUUCAAUGAAGGUCCUAAAGGCCGGGCUGGUCGGCCAACAAAAAAGCAGAGGAAAAUCGCAGCAUAUCACAGCAGCUCAGACGACACAGAUGGUGAUGAUGAGGGUGGACCCAUUCCGGCCAAUCUCCUCGACUCGGAUGACGAGGACUUAGAUGACAUCCAAGUUGACGAUGGCGCCUCUACGGAAGGCUCAAGUUCGGGUUCCGACUCCGACUCUCAAUCUGAUGGGGCGCGGCCCUCAAAAGAAAAAUCCCAGCCGCCUAUAAAACAGUCCAAAAAACAAGAAUUCAUCGCCAAAGACGCUCCAGAUUCAGACGGCACAUCAUCCAGCGAGGACGGAAAUGGCGGAGAAUCCGACGAUGACGAUGACGAUGCCGACAGCGCCGGCGCCGACGACUCGGACGGUCCCCGUGCAGGCGCGGGGACGUCAACGCGGGCAGCAGCAGCUCACACGGGCACCAAGUCCAAGCGCAACGACCCAGACGCCUUCGCAACGUCCAUCUCCAAGAUGCUGUCGAGCAAGCUUCCCGUCUCGCGGCGCGCCGACCCCAUCGUGGCCCGCAGCGGCGCCGCGGCCGAGCAGGCGCGGCAGGCGGUGGACGCGGCGCUCGAGGCCAAGGCGCGCAAGCGGCUGCGCGAGCAGAAGCGGCUGGCCAUGGAAAAGGGGCGGGUGCGGGACGUGCUGGUGGCGAGCACGACGCGCACGCUCAACGUGGCCACGGGCGAGAUUGAGGAGGUGCCCGAGGAAGGCGCGCAGACGACGGCCCAGAUUUUGGAGAUGGAGAAGCGACUGCGCAAAGUGGCGCAGCGCGGCGUGGUGAAGCUGUUCAACGCGGUGCGCGCUGCGCAGGUUAAGGCGGCUGAAGCGGAGAGGGAAGCGAGGAAAGAAGGGAUUGUGGGCGUCAAGAGAAGGGAGGAGAAGGUCACGGAGAUGAGCAGGAAAGGGUUCUUGGACUUGAUUGCGAGUGGUGGAGGGGGGUUGAAAAAGGGUGGCUUAGAAGAGGCAUAA